ACUACAUUAUAUAUAAUUAUGACUUCAGUGUCUCUGGGUCAUGUGUUGAAUGCGUACUAAUAGUAUGAAGUGAGUUUAGAUUGAGGAAAUGUUUUUUAAGAAAUACAGUGAUUACAUAAAAUUCACGAUUGGUGUUAGAGUUAUGCACAGUGGGCUUUCAGAGAACACUGGUGAUGAAAGCAAUAUUUUUGAAAGGGGGGCAAUGAAAUGUUCUUGGGGGUAUUAGUUUAAGGCAAGUUUACAUAAUAAUAAUAAUAACAACAACAAAUAAAUUAUACAUAUUUUGAACUACAACAAUGUCACACUAUCAACAGGCCAACACUGUCCAUCUUUACAUAGCUGUCAAUGUCCCAUCCACGGUUUCCUUUUUGUGGUUUGUAUGUGGAAGGAAUUUUGCUGGCUUCAGGAAGAAAAUAACAACACCAUUUUUGGAGCAUUGCAGGACAUUGCACACCCAUAUUCACUCUCACUGGACACACUUCAGUUUUUCCGCCUCUGUAAUGUACAAACAGGCUGUUGGUUGUAGUUUUUGAUUGGCUAGCUGAUGUGUGUCAGUGUGUCUGUCUGUCUCUCUUCAGGAGUGUGUGAUACAUCCAACUACCCUCUCAGUCCCCGUAUUGUUAUGUUUGAUGCCCUUCUUGCUGAUCUGGAAAAUUCAGCCUUUCCUCUGGGUCGCUAUCCUGUUCUGCUCACCUCUAACCCUCCAGUGAAUUCUGAUCCCCCAUCCAGUGCUCAGGAUCCUGCCCAGAACCGGCCACUCCCUCCAGCAUACACCCCACAAAAAACUGUUUCUGCUGCAAUGAAGUCGAACGGCUCUCAGAACUCUAACCAAGACAAACUUUACAGUACAGUAUGUAAACCACGCUUCCCACGUACGGCAGACCCUCCUCCUGCUUUCUCCUCCUCCUCAGUUCUGGGUGGAGGGCUGAGUGAACUUGAUCACUUACUACAGGAGCUUAAUGCCACACAGUUCAACAUCACAGAUGAGAUUUUGGCACAAUUCCCCAGCACCAAAAAAGAUGAUCAGUUUUCAAAGUCUGGUCCAUCCUCUACUGGCUCAGCGAAACCCUCAGCUACAUCUGCUACUUUAGAGCUGGACAAACUAAUGGCGUCUCUAUCAGACUUCAGAGUCCAAAGCACACCAGCAGCACCUGUGGGUCCUGUGGCAUCUUCAUCACAACAAACAGCUUCUCCACCCUCUGCAUCCUCUGGAGGCUCAUUGGACAGCAUGUUGGGUCUUCUCCAAUCAGAUCUGAGCAGGCAGGGAGUGCCUACCUCCUCUAAGGGAAACUGUUCCGCCUGUCAGAAACCAGUUGUAGGACAGGUUGUAACAGCUCUGGGACGGGUUUGGCAUCCAGAGCACUUUGUUUGCUCUGAGUGUGAGUGUGAGCUUGGCAAUUGUAAUUUCUUUGAGAAAGAUGGUCGACCAUACUGUGAGCCUGACUACUUCACCCUGUACUCACCUCACUGUGCACAAUGCAACAAGCCCAUACUCAAUAAAAUGGUGACUGCGCUGGAUAAAAACUGGCAUCCAGAAUGCUUUAGCUGUGUGAAAUGCAGCUCAACAUUUGGAGAUGAAGGUUUUCAUGACCGUGAAGGCAAGCAGUACUGCCAGAAGUGUUUUCUGGCUCUCUUUGCUUCUCGUUGUCAGGGUUGUUCCCAGCCCAUCAUGGAGAAUUACAUCUCAGCUCUAAGUGCUCUGUGGCAUCCACAAUGCUUUGUUUGUAGGGAAUGCUAUAGCCCAUUUGUGAACGGGAGUUUCUUUGAGCAUGAGGGGCAACCUUUGUGUGAAGCUCACUACCACCAGUCCAGAGGAAGCGUGUGCCAGGCAUGCCAGGAACCCAUCCUGGGGCGCUGUGUCACCGCAAUGGGUGCCAAGUUUCAUCCACAGCAUCUGGUGUGCCACUUCUGCCUGAAACCCCUCAGCAAAGGCUGCUUCAAAGAGCAGGACAACAAACCAUACUGCCACCCCUGCUUCAUCAAACUCUUUGGCUGAGGAGAGUGAGGAAAGAUGAUAAAGCAGAUUACUCAACUGCCAUCCAGCUUUUCAUGAAAAAAAAAAAAAAAUGGUUGCCAAAUAUACAUUGUAUGGCCAAAUGUACUGUAUGUGGACACACCCUUCUAAUUAACAGAUAUAACUAUUCUUAAUCUUAAAGGUGCACUAUGCAGGACCCCCCCCCCCAAAAAAAAAACAAACAAAAAAAACAAAUACAAAUACAAAAAAAAUAAUCUCUUUAAAUUAUUACUUAUAAUCCAUUAGUAUGUGGUGGUGUUUGUGCAUUUCUGUGCUGCAACCUUUUUGCCAGAUGCUGCUUCAGUUUGGGCUGCAUGUGUUCUUGCAACUGAUACCAUGUCAGGGGCAUUGAGGAGCAUUUGAGGAGUAGCUUUAAGAUUGAAAAAAGAUAGGGGUAGUCAAACCUGGUAAUUAUAAGGGGCUGAGCUCUUUGCAUAUUUUUGGCCUGUUUUCCAAGUGCUUUUCAAACCUGUCCUGGUGUCUGAUAAAGGAGACAUCCAAAA